AUGUCGGUCAUGGGGGAAAGAAACGAAACGGCCGUGUCUGAGUUCAUCCUCCUGGGAUUUUCCAGCCUUAGUGGGAAACUGAAAAUUUUCCUCUUCUUGGUUCUUCUCUUCAUCUACAUCAUCACAGUAAUGGGGAACACGCUCAUCAUUUUCCUAGUGUGGAUGGACCAGCGGCUCCAUUCCCCUAUGUACUUUUUCAUCGGCAAUUUGUCCUUCUUGGAAAUCUGGUUCACCUCAGUCACAAGCCUCAAACUGAUGCUGAGCUUCCUGUCAGUGCGUACAACCAUUUCAUUCUGCGGCUGCAUGGCCCAGUCCUUCUUCUAUUUUGCCUUAGGUGCCACAGAGCUAGCCUUCCUCGUGGUCAUGUCCUUUGAUCGCUAUGUGGCUAUCUGCCACCCUUUGCAGUACACCAGUGUCAUGAAACAGAGACUCUGCAUCCAAUUGGUCCUUGCUACAUGGGUGGGAGGCUUCAUGGUUAUGAGUUUACGGAUGCUCCUGAUUUCAAAGCUGAGAUUCUGUGGGCCGAACGUGAUCAACCAUUUCUUCUGUGACAACACGCCCCUCUUCCAGCUCUCCUGCACCGACACCCGUGGGAUUAGAAGGGUGGAUUCCAUUUUGAUCUCAGCCUUAGUGCUUGGCUCAUUAUGCCUAACGAUGCUGUCAUACAUGAACAUCUUAUUUGCUGUUCUGCGCAUGCCAAUGGCCCCCAGCAGGCAGAAAGCGUUUGCGACCUGCGGCUCCCAUCUCACGUCUUUGGCAAUUGCUUAUGGAAGCUGCAUUGUUCUGUAUGCUCGGCCUUCUGGAAAUUCCUCUUUGGAGGUCAACAAAGGGGUGGCUGUGCUGAACACCGUGGUGUACCCUUUCCUCAACCCUUUCAUCUACAGCCUGCGGAACAGGGCUGUGAAGCUUGCCCUGAGAGAAACCAUUAGGUUGGGUACUGCAAAGUGGUUUCCCAUUUUUUGCCAGCCUUCCAAGUAGAAACACGAAAAGCAGUGGGAAGAUA